GCCAAUCAUAGUACAUACGGAGGCGGGGUUUAGAUUGUUUUCUUCCGGUAUCUUUCACCAAAAAUGGCUUCACUUGACAGGGUAAAAGUUCUGGUUUUAGGGGAUUCUGGUGUGGGAAAAUCGUCCUUGGUUCAUUUACUUUGUCAGAAUCAGGUUUUAGGAAAUCCAUCUUGGACAGUGGGCUGCUCAGUGGACGUACGGAUACAUGAUUAUAAAGAAGGAACUCCAGAAGAAAAAACAUAUUACAUUGAACUCUGGGAUGUUGGCGGGUCUGUGGGCUGUGCAAGCAGCGUCAAGAGCACCCGGGCUGUCUUUUACAAUUCUGUCAAUGGUAUUAUAUUAGUACACGACUUGACAAAUAAGAAAUCUUCCCAAAAUCUUUACCGAUGGUCUCUAGAAGCACUGAACAGAGAUUCAUCACCUACUGGAGUUAUUGUGUCUAAUGGGGACUAUGACAGAGAGCAGUUUGCUGAAAACCCAGUGCCUUUGCUCUUGAUAGGCACUAAAUUUGACCAAAUUCCAGAAAACAAACGCAGUGAGGUUCUGACUCGAACAGCCUUCCUCUCUGAAGACUUCAACGCAGAAGAAAUUAAUCUAGACUGCACUAACCCACGCUACCUCGCUGCUGGAACAUCAAAUGCAGUCAGACUGAGUCGAUUCUUUGACAAGGUUAUAGAGAAGAGAUACUUCACAAGAGAUCCAUGCCAGAUGACAGCGUUUACUGACAGGAAGAGGUUCAACUUUAAAAGUUUGCACUAUGACUAAGCCCAGAGACCGCUGUGCAUUCUGUGGUUUGGCUUAAUUUUCACCACCAGUUUCACUUACUAAAUGUACUGGAUGGAUGGAUGGAUGGAUGGAUGACUUUUUACCUUCAACCUUCAAAGAUGUGGAAAGAUUCAGUAAAGUGUACUAAAACAUGUUUUAGACCAAACUUUAUUUUUUUAAUCUUUAUUGGUUUGUGAUGUCAAGUUGAACUUAUUCAAUAUACAUACAGAUCUUUUCCAUACAUUGUUAGUUAUUAAUUGACAUGAAGACUUUAAUCUUUACUAAUCAAAGGUUUGCUCUCAUUACCAUAUCCUCCUGUGACCUCUUUAAUCCAUGGGAGGAAACUGGAAAUCUUAGUAUAAGAAUGAGGAUAUUUAGGAUUGGUGCAAUUACAAGGAGCGGUAAAUGAAGCGAUACCCUGAGGCUUGUUUUUGCAGAUCAGAGGUGCUCCAGAAUCACCCUGUAGCAACAAACAGAAACUCAGUAUUACAAUAGUAAUGUAUAUACACCAAUACUAUAUAUAGUGUUGAAAAAAUAAAAACUAUGUAUUAUUACUUGG